GGAAAUGGUUUUCUGAAUGCUAAAACCAUAUCGUAGAAGACUAGAUUUACCAUACGACGAUCCUAGAUCUAGAUCUAUAGAGAUUAUAGAAUAUCUAGUAUCACGGUCUCUAGAUUAGACUCUAUAUUCUAUCUAGACAGAGAAUCACUCAAUCAGAGAAGAAAAGUCUGUUCUAACUAAGACAGACUCUAGGAAGUUUUAAUAAGAAGUUUGUCUACAAACAUCAAGAUGUCAGAUGACGAAGACUAUAAUUCUGAAGAAGAUGUUGAUUAUGUACCAUCAGAAGGGGAACAAGUGAGUGAAGAGGAAAACUCUGGAGACGAUGAAGACCUUUCUGCACUAAAUGAGGAGGACACGGCUCUAACAAAGAGAGGAGGCAAGAAAACUGAGUCACAAAAAAAGAAAAAUCUUAUUACUGGCAGGAAGCGCAAGGGAGGCAUCCAGCUUGUUGACAAUGCCCAAACUGAGGGAGCUGAUCCUUCACAAGCUGCAGAGAAUGAAGAAGAAGCCAACAGGAGGAAGGAGCUUGCGGAGCAAAUUGCUAAGGAAGAAGAAGCACGGCGGCAAGAGAGAGAAAAGAAAAGAGUUGAAGAUUUGUGGAACAGUUUUAAGUCUGACGUCAAAGUACCGGUACCGACAAAACCAUCAGCUGGGUCUGGGCUAGGCUCACUGUCUUCUCAAGUCAAACCCCCAAGUGAAUCAGUUUCUGCUACACCAGAGUCUCAGCCAGAAUCAUCCAGCACAGAAAAAAGCAAGAAAAUAACAAUAACCAAAGUAUUUGAUUUUGCUGGAGAAGAGAUCAAAAUUACAAAAGAAGUUGAUGCAGAUUCCAAAGAAGCUAAAGCUGAACAAAAAAAACAAGAGAAAUCCAAACAGGAUCAGACAGAGACAGCAGCAAACAGUUCUGUGGGAUUGGGCAUUAAACGUCCAGCUGUUGGCGGAGGAUUGGGCAGUGUGCUGAAUAAAAUCACCAAGAAAAAUAAGAUGGGCACACUGGAGAAAUCAAAAAUUGACUGGGAAUCUUUCAAGACAAAAGAAGGAAUUAAUGACGAUUUGAAAAUUCACAAUAAAGGCAAACAAGGUUACACGGAGAGGAUGGCCUUCCUGAACAGAACAGACCAACGCCAGUUUGAGAUUGAGAGAUCCUUGAGGCUCGGCGGCAACACCAGCAAGAGAUGAUGAGCCCACGUUGAUUGUUUUAAAAUCGGUGUUCAAUGACUUGUGGUCAGAUGCCUGACCAGGCAGAGUGUUCGGAAUACUUCAGAUGCUUGCAUCCCCUGUGUACCUUUCCAUCUGUCAUGAUUGUGAACAUUUUUUAGAUUUGUGUUAUUCUUGUGAAUUCUCCUAUUUUGAAAUGUAGUUCUAACUUGCAUUGUAUGGUUGGUUGCAUGUAUGGAACUUAUCAUUGUUUUAAUCAAUGCAUUUGUAGUUUUCUAAUGGAAUUCAAGAAAUACUAACUGACAAAAGCUGAAAAGUGGACGCUGAUAAACAGUAUAUAUAUAUUUCUGAUCUGACAUUUAUCACAGACCUACACGCUCCUCUUUGUUUUUUUUCUUCUGCUCAAUGUUGUCACCACAAAAUAAAAAACUGUUCAUUGUCUUGUAUGUCUGAUUUAAAUAUGAAAAAAUCAGGAAGUGGAUUUUUUUUUCAAAUGGUUUGUUUUUGUAAAGUUAUUAAAUAAAUUUUAAAAUCUCA